AUGUCUUCUCCCAAUACUCUCCAUCUCAACCAGUCUAGCCCCACUGAGUUUGUGUUCCGAGUAUUAACCACUUCUCCUAAAAUCCAGGUCCUCCUCUUCUGCUUCUUCCUUCUCCUCUACAUAAUGAUUCUCUGUGGUAACAGUGCCAUCAUUGGGGUUGUAUGCACCUAUAGCUCCCUUCACACCCCCAUGUACUUCUUCUUGUCCAACCUGUCUUUCCUAGAAAUCUGUUACACCACUACUACUGUACCCCUGAUGCUCUCCAACAUCUUCGGAGCUCAGAAGCCCAUCUCACUGGCUGGAUGUGGGGCCCAGAUGUUAUUUUUUCUCACCUUUGGUGGUGCUGAUUGUUUCCUACUGGCUGUCAUUGCAUAUGACCGCUAUGUGGCCAUUUGCCAUCCCCUGCACUAUACCCUCAUCAUGACUCAGCAGUUGUGUAUCCAGAUGGUGGUUGGCUCCAUGUGCCUGGCUAUUUCCCUUACACUGCCACUCACAGCACUGGUUUGCUCCCUUCCCUUCUGUGGCCAUCGCCAAGAGAUCAAUCACUUUCUCUGUGAUGCCCCACCUGUCCUUAGGCUGGCCUGUGAGGAUACCCACAUACACCAGGCUGUCUUAUAUGUGGUGGGUAUCUUUGUGUUGGUCAUUCCCUUCCUACUCAUCUGCAUCUCCUAUAUUUUCAUCGCUAUCACUAUCUUGCGUAUCCGCUCAGCAGAGGGGCGCCGGCGGGCCUUCUCCACCUGCUCCUCCCAUCUUACAGUGGUCUUACUGCAAUAUGGCUGCUGUAGCCUGGUCUACUUGCGUCCCAGGUCCAGCACCUCAGAGGAUGAGGACCGGCAGUUCGCCUUAGUUUAUACCUUUGUCAUACCUCUGCUUAAUCCCCUCAUUUAUACCCUACGGAACAAAGAUGUCAAAGAAGCUCUGAAAAAAUCCGUGAGCCGCAAAGCAGCCUCUGAAACUCUAUGA